UGAGUGUUUCGAGCGAAAAAUAACUCGUUUGCACCAUUCCGUUAAAUUCAACUGGUUUAUUGCUCAAUUUCUGAAACAAUCCGACUGGUUCCAUUGGCCAACUGCUCAAAUAUACGCGCUUAGAGCUGACACUGACCAAUCAAGUACCAAUCAGUCACACGCCAGCCAAAAAUGCCGUUGCAAAAUACCCAAAGAUUCACAGUGUUCCUGUGCGGGUAUGUGCUGUUCUUGUGCAUUGGCGCAUCCAUUUAUUUGGCCAUUGAACAAGAAGAAGAGAUGCGGCGUUUGGUGCGCCUUCAGCAGCUGAAGACUGAUUUUAUUCGGCGAUUUCCCUGUGUGUCUUACGCCGCUCUGGAAGAGCUCAUCUGGAGUUUUCAGGUGGAGGGCAAAAGUGGGCUCCAAGUGACUGGCAAUGAGACGAACUGGUACUUUGGACAAAGUGUAUUUUUUGUGACUACCGUCGUUACCACCAUCGGGUACGGCCACAUUACUCCCGUCACUCAAAGUGGGAAAAUUUUCACUAUAAUCCUGUCCCUGAUAGGCAUUCCUCUCACUCUGAGUGUCUUUGGGGCCUUCGUCGAUAGACUACUACUUCCCACAACCUACUGUUUGAAUUGGCUGAAUUCGAAGCUGCUCGGCCACUCCUGCAAACGCUUCUCCAUUCGGCUGCUCCAUUUAAUCGCCCUUCUAACAUUCACCUCGGUGUUCUUCCUGCUGCUGCCUGCCAGCUUCUUCAACUACAUGGAACCCGAAUGGGGGCUGUUUGAGUCCUUCUACUACUGCUUCCUUUCGCUCACAACCACAGGCCUGGGCGAUUUUACUCCGGGGGAGUCGAUGAAACUUCGAUACCAUUCCAACUGGUAUCUGAACGCAUAUAAAAUAGGCGCCACUGUGUAUCUUUUUCUUGGUAUUAUUUUCACCAUGCUAACUUUGGCAGUGUUUUACGACAUUCCCCAGUUGAAUGUGGGCAUGCUUUACACUGUAAACAAUCAAACACGAUUUUCCGUUGCAAUUCUGGAAAACCAAGCAGUGGGACGAGUCAGCGAUACGUCGAAGAAACAAGUUUCUAUAGCAGAAUGAUUGCUAUUUCUCAGUGUUAGUGUGUAGUUCCGAAAACAGUAAAUUGUUCCCUUGAA